CCAGUGUGUACUCCUACCCUUGUCUUGAGGCAUUUUUGGACAAACAUGAGCUGCUCAUGCCAGUGGAUGAAAACCUCGAAGCAUUCUGGAUUGACUUUAACCUUGGUAGUCAAAGCAUCUCUUUUUACUUCUCUAUGUCUGACAUGGAUGCUCAGGAUGGCCAGUGGGACACUCUGUGUAUUGCUGAAAAUGAAGUUCGCUGUUACACAGUGGAAGAGAAGAAUGGAAGAAAAGUUCUUGAUCUGGUUUUGACCGAUCCAGUUAGCACUGGCAGCUUGGAGGGCUCCAGAGUCACCAUUAAAUUCAGCUCCUCCCUGGACAUCCUGCAAGCCACUGAGAAAGUUUAUGGUCAGGCAAAAAACAAAAGGCCUUAUAGGAAGACUCCCUCUAUUGUAGAAAUGCCAAUUCAGGUCAACGUAAGCUCACUGGAAUGUUCACAGGUUCUUGUUCUUGAAAGUCAAGUGUCCCCCUCUCAGCGCAAAGAUGAAAGGGAGUCAACCUCAGUUAGGCACGGUUGUCCUGUCCAGUCUCUCACACAUCAAACACCAGAUACAAACAAGGAACCACAGGUGAAGUGUUCAGACGUCUCCUAUGCUUAG